AUGGCUUCCGAGAUCCUAACCUCCAUCACCGACAGGACGAAGAAAGCCGUCGAAAGCGUCGCCGGCGAGAAAGACGCCAAGGCUGCUGACCUGGCUCGCGAUACGAAAGACGUCCAUGAUCCAAAAAACCGCAUCACCUCCGAUUGGGGCGUGAGGGAGUCGAACACGGACGACUGGCUGAAGGUCGCUAGCGAGGAGAAGACAGGUCCUGAGCUGUUGGAGGAUCCCUUUGCGCGCGAGAAGAUUCACCGCUUCGACCAUGAGCGAAUCCCAGAACGAGUUGUCCAUGCCAGAGGAGCUGGUGCUUUCGGCACUUUCAGGUUGCUCGAGAGCGCUGCGGACGUCACUUCCGCUGGCGUCCUGACCGAUACGUCCCGCGAGACACCGUUGUUCCUCCGGUUCUCAACAGUUUUGGGCUCAAGAGGUAGCGCAGACACGGUCCGCGAUGUCCGCGGCUUCGCCCUGAAAAUGUAUACGAAAGAAGGAAACUGGGACAUUGUAGGCAACAAUAUUCCGGUGUUCUUCAUCCAAGACGCGAUGAAAUUUCCGGAUGUCAUUCAUGCUGGAAAGCCUGAGCCACACAACGAAGUACCGCAAGCUCAGACAGCUCACAACAACUUCUGGGACUUCCAAUUCUUGCACACGGAGGCGACCCAUAUGUUCAUGUGGACGCAGUCUGACCGUGCCAUCCCCCGGUCUUACCGUAUGAUGCAGGGCUUUGGCGUCAAUACAUACACGCUCCAGAACGACAAGGGCGAGCGCCAUUUUGUGAAGUUUAUCUUCACCCCUGAGCUUGGUGUGCACUCCCUCGUAUGGGACGAGGCUCUUAAGCUGGCAGGACAGGACCCGGAUUUCCAUCGCAAGGAUCUCAUGGAGGCGAUUGAUAACGGCGCGUACCCCAAAUGGCGUUUCGGUAUCCAGGUCAUCCCUGAGCACCGUGAAGACGACUUCGAAUUUGACAUCCUCGAUGCUACCAAGGUCUGGCCUGAGGAGGAAGUGCCAAUCCGCUACAUCGGCGAGCUGGAACUGAAUCGCAAUGUGGAUGAGUACUUCACUCAGACGGAGCAAAUCGCCUAUUGCACGAGCCACAUUGUGCCGGGCAUUGGCUUCUCGGAUGACCCAUUGCUACAAGGCCGCAACUUCUCCUACUUCGACACGCAGCUCUCUCGCCUCGGCGUCAACUGGCAGGAGCUCCCGAUUAACAGGCCCGUGUGUCCGGUAAUGAAUCACAACCGCGAUGGCGCCAUGCGGCACACCAUCAUGAAAGGCACGGUGAACUAUUGGCCCAACCGCUUCUCUGCUGUGCCUCCAGCGAAAAAGGAAGAAGGCGGCUACGUCGACUAUCCAGAGAAGGUGGCUGGGAUAAAGGCCCGCAUGCGCAGCAAGAAGUUCCGCGAGCACUACAACCAGGCCCAGCUCUUCUACAACUCGCUUUCUGCGCCAGAGAAGGCGCACGUGGCGGCUGCCCUGUCCUUCGAGCUCGAUCACUGCGACGAUCCAGUGGUGUACGAGCGCAUGUGUGAGCGGCUGUUGGACAUUGAUAUUGGCCUUGCGCGAGAGGUCGCAGAGAAGGUAGGCGCAGAAAACAUCCCAGACAUGCCGAAGCGUCAGAACCACGGCAAGAAGGCAAAGGGUCUCAGCCAGAUGGACUACAUGCCCAAGGAGCCCACGAUUGCUACCCGCCGCGUCGCCAUCAUUGUUGGGGACGGCUACGAUCCGGUUGCCUACAAUGGCGUCAAGGCUGCGCUAACGGCCGCACAAGCGCUGCCCUUCACCAUCGGCACGAAGCGCUCUACGAUCUACGCUGCCGGAGAGGACAAAAGCACCGGCAAGGGCGUGAAGCCAGAUCACCACCUCGAGGGCAUGCGAUCCACCAUGUUCGACAGUGUCUUCAUCCCCGGCGGUGCUCAUGUCGAGACACUUCGCAAGAACGGCCGCGCUCUUCACUGGGUACGUGAGGCGUUCGGGCAUCUCAAGGCUAUUGGCGCUACCGGCGAGGCUGUGUCAUUCGUCAAGGAUGCAUGUGCGCUGCCUGGCGUGUUGUUCUCCAGCAGCGGCGACGUCGUUGAGAGCUAUGGAGUGGUCACAGCGAGCAAGGUGGAGCCGAACAGCUUUAAAGAGGCUAUCAAGAUGGCGAAGGGAGCGAAGGAUUUCAUUGAUGCGUACACUUUUGCAAUCUCUCAGCACAGGAACUGGGACCGCGAGAUGGAAGGGCUGUCAACGAUGGUGGCUUACUAA